AUGGCUCUGGUUUGGAGGCUAACCAUCCCACUGCCACAAUAUGUCAGCCUUCUACUAUUAUUUGGUUUCCUUGUCUGGAGGCUUUGGGUGAGGUUUUCUGGGAAACACAGUAGGAAACAGGUGGCAGCCAAGACGCACUCAGAGACUUCAAAGCAGCAUAAAUUGAAAAAGAUCCAGAAAUUCACAGGUCAGAAAGAUCCUAUUCUUCAAGAUUCUUUACCUCUACUCCCAGAUCCACAGUGGGAAGAAAAUCUCAGGAUGGGUUGCGUUGAAGCUAACCUAACAUGCUUUUCAGAUCUCCCUACGGGCUGGUCCCAGGAAUGUGUAUGCUGGUCAACGGACAGGAGUCUUCAACAGGUCGUCCAACACCUGGAAAGUGCAAGAUCAAGUCUUAUGGAAUUGGGUUUGCCUGAACCACAGGAUACGAUUUCUUCUUCCACCUCCUCUGCUUCUGUGGCUCAGGGGCCUGUUCUACCCUGUUGUGACUGUAAGAAGGCAAAACAUUCUUCUGACAGUAGCAUCUCCUCUGGAUCAUCCUACAGCUCCAGCCUGUCUCACCUUCCUGUCUUUUCUGAAGGAACAACUUGGCGACUCCGGAGCCACAGUUUACCUAUUUUACCCCCAAAUCAACCUCCUGUGUUCAGGAACCAAGGCACACCCCUGCCUUCCUUUGGGCUCUCAGAGCUUUUCCGGAAAUCAAAGCCUUUUCAGAAUUUGGCAGCUCUUUCAUCCUUAAGUCCUCAAAGCACUUUUAUCAACUCUCUUUUUGAAUCCCCAAAUCUCUACAAACAAGAAGAGAAAACAAAGGAUGAGAGAAGGAGCAAGAGUCAUUUGACAACAGAUCAUAGGCCAAGUGCUAUUUUCAAAGAGAGACCACUAUUGUCAGGGUCAGCUCCAAUCCAGCUCUCUCCUUUGGCUAGGCGGGAGUUAGAGGGACAUAUGGCUUGGAAGGUUUCUACUUUGCGGGAACAAACAGUGCCUCUGCCUGUGAGGGAAUCAUGGGCAAUGCUGAAUUAUUUAACUGAGGUACAAGGAGGAGUUCCUGAACCACAGAAACCCCAAAUCCACUUAUCUAUGCCCAUUCAUCAAAGCACUGAGCAGGAUAUCAAUAAUGAAUCCCCAGACCUUCCAGCAUUUCAGCUCCAUGUGAACGUUGGAGCGGAAUCUGGAUUAAGCAGAACAGAAACAAAAAUUUCACAGACUCUUAUCCCAGGUAAGCAGUCACAACCUGGGGAUGGCCCCCAAAUCCUUGGAUCCAGGCCCUUAAUGACAUCAAUGGGCACUCCACCUCCCAAAAGUUUAGGAGUUGACAUAGCUCAAGAGGAAACAACUUUACUGCAGAAGGACCCAAAACGUGUGUUAGAGCUUAGUGUAGAGCAGAGGGUCAUAGAUCUUCCAGAAAAAAGGAUACAGCAGCAUGAGACCCAAGUGACUAAUGUGGAGCUGACCCCACAGCUACCAUAUCAAGUCAGAGAUAGCAUAAAGGUUACUCCACUGGCAUUACUUCAAGUCAUGGAUUCAAUGGGGUUAAUUCCAGAAUCACAUUCAGAAGUGAUAGAAUCUGUAGGUUUGUUACCACGGCCACCAAAUGAAGUCGUGAAACCAAUGGAAGCCACGGAAAGAGUGAGUGUAAGCCCAAACCCAUCAUAUCAAGUCAUUAAAUCAGUGGAGGUAACACCAAGAUCUCAGCAGCAAGUUAUGGAAUCAAGGAAGAUGACCUCAAGACAGCAGAAUCAAGUCAUAGUCAAUGUGAAGGUAACUCCUAUAGCAUUGCUUCAAGUCAUGGAUUCUAUGGGGAUGAUUAAAAAAUCACAUCCACCUAUCAUACAGUCAAAGGGAAUGACCCCAAGGAUGCAAUAUCAAGUCAAGGAGUCAGUGAAAAGGACCACAUUGUUGGACCAUGAAGUCAUACAACCAGGAAAGAUGAGUCCAAGGCUACAACAUGCAGUCAUGGAAACUGUGGAAAUGACCCCAGGGCCACAGCAUAAAGUUAUGGAAUCGGUGGACGUAACAUCAAGGCCACAAAGUCAAGUCAUAGAACCACUGAAGAUUACUCCAAGGCCAAUAUGUCAAAAUACAAAAUCACCUGAAAUGAUCACCAGGCCAUUGCAUCCAGUGAUGGAUUACCUUGAAGUAACUCCAGUGACACUAUUACAAGCUAUGGAUUUCAUGGGGAUAAUUCCACCAACCCAGUCACAUGUUAUAGAAUCUGGGGACUUGGUCCCCAGUUCACAGUUGCAAGGUAUGGAAUAUGUUCAUUUGGCCCUACCAUCAGAGUUUCCAGGUAUAAAUACUGUAGAAUUGACUCUAAGACCAGUACAAGAAGAUAUGAAAUCUGUGGAGUUUGCCCCAAAGCCAUGGUUACAAGAUAUAAGAUCUGAGGAGACAGCUCUAGUAUCAUUGCUUGAAGAUGUGAAAACUCCUCAAAUGGUAGAAAGUAGGAGGUUGAUUCCUGAGACACAGGUAGAAGAUAUGAAAUAUGAGGAACUGAUCCCAGGGGCACACAUUCAAGCAGUAAAAUCUGUAGAAUUGAACCUCAAACCGAAUCAUCAAGUCACAGAACCUAAAGGAUUGACCCCAUGGCAUCAAGCUUCAGAAUCUUUAAGGAUGAUCUCAGAGCCAGGAUAUCCAGAAACAGAAGCAAAGUUUACCUCUGACACUUGUCACCAUGCAAAAGAAUCUAGGGGGUUGAUACAAUCAUCUUUAGGAAAUACUCCAGGGCCACUGAGCCAAGCUUUAGAAUUUAUGCAGAUGAACUCAAUGUCAUUCCAAGGUACUCUUGAGCCAAUGUUCCAAAGUGUAAAAGCCAUGGGAGAUACUCCAGUGUCACAGCACACAAUACAAGAAUCUUUAGAGUUGGUACCAGGAUCAGAGAUGCAAGGUAUGAAAUCAAAGAUGUUGACCCCAGAGUCCCAAGGUAUGAAGUUUGUUCAUCUGAAUCUAGGACCAUAUCUUCAAGUUACAGAGUCAUCAGGGAUACCCCUAAGGUCAGAAUAUGAAAACACAGAAACUGUGGGGUUGGCAACAUUUCCAUUUGAAAACAUCCAGGAGGUAACACUAGUACUACCAUAUUCAGAAAAAGGAUCUCUGGAGUUGACUUUAGGACCAGGGAUGCAAUGUGAGAUAUCAGAGCCACUACUGCAAAAUUUGAAAUAUGUGAAGUUAACCUCUGAGUCAUCCCUAUUAGUGGUAGGAUCUAAACAGUUUAUUACAGGACCAAAACCACAUGUUAUGGAGUUGACCCCAGAGCCACAGCUCCAGGCAGUAAAGUCUAGGCAGUUGGAGCCAGAGCCAAAAUUACAAGAUGUGAAAUAUGUUAAUUUAAUUCAACAGUCAACUACUACCAGAGUGGUAGAAUCAGAGAAGCCAAUACAAGAGCCAGUGCUACAAAGCAUGAUAUCAGAGGAAUUGACUAAGGAGGCACAGCUCCAAGGGCCACAGCUGCAUAGUGUAAGAUUUUCAGAGUUAUCUCCAGAGCUGCCACUUCAAGGAGAAAGACCUAUAGAUUUAAUCUCAGGGUCUCCACAUCAUGGUGUGAAAUCUGAUGAUUUGACCCCAGGUUCCCCAGUGCAAGAAAUAAAAUUGUCAGAUUUUAUCCCAGGACCAAAACAUCAAAGUGUUGUAUCUGUACAGUUGACUGCAGAAUCACAACCUCAAAGUAUGAAAUUUAUGGAACUAAACUCAGGACCAUGCUUGCAAUGUAUCAGAUUUUCUGAUUUGACCCCAGAACCAAAGCAUCAAGGUUUCAAACAUGUGCAGUUUAUACCAGGAACACAGCUUCAAGACAUAAAGUCUGUAGGAUUUGUAACAGAGUCAUCUUUGCAGUCAAGUCAAGGGCUCCCAGCUGAAAAUAUGAAAUCUGUUCUGUCUACUGAAGGAUCACAGUUUCACAGCUUGAAAUCUGUCAAACUGACCUCAAAACUACAAUUUCAAGAUGUGAAAUCUGAGGAACUGAACCUAGGGCCAAGGCAGCAAGAUGUCAAAUUUUCUGAAUUGACUUCAGGGCCAAAGCUUCAAGGUGUCAAAUCUGGGGAGCAAACCCCAGGACCACUGUUUCAUAGUGUGACUUCUGUGGAGACGACUCUAGAGUUAGGGCUUCAAGAUUCUAAAUCAGCAAAGAUGUCUCCAGGGCUUCAAGGUGUGAAACAGGUGGAGCCACGGCUACAAGAUGUCAAAUUUUGUGAACUGACAUCAGGAACUCAAACUCAAGGUGUGAAAUCUUCAGAGUUAAACUCAGGGCAACAACAACAAUAUGUGAAGUUUUUUGAGUUCACUCCAGAGCCAAAGAUGCAAGGAGUAAAAUCUAUGAAGUUGACCCCAGGACCUGAGCAGCAAGGCGUUAAGCCUGAGAUGUUAGUACCACAGCCACUGUUUCAAGGUGUAAAAUGUGUGGCAGUAGACCAGAUGUCAAGCUUUGAAGGUGACACUUCAUAUAAAUUAGUCUCAGAGCCACAGAUACCAGAUGCAAAAUCUAUGGAGUUGACUCCUAGACCGCAGUUGCCAAGUGAAAUCUAUUCUGAGUUGACCAGAAGACCAUGGUUACAAGUUGUGAAAUCUUCUGAAUUGAUCCAAAGACCACAGUUGCAAGAUGUAAAACCUGUAGAGUGGACCCCAAUCUCAAAGCUUCAAGGUUUACAGUCUGAGGCGCUAACGCCAGAGCCACAGCUGGAAGAUACGAAAUCUGUGGAGUUAACACCAGGGCCACAUUUGGGAAGUAUGAAAUCUAUGCAGUUAACAUCAAAGCCACAACUGGGAAAUGUCAAAUCUACAGUGUUGACCCUUGGGCCACAGGUGCGAGAUGUGAAACCGGUAGAGAUGACCCCAGGCUCAAAACUUCAUGAUUUGAAAACUGAGUUGUUAAUCUCAGAGUCAGAGUUGAAAGAUCUGAACUCUGUGGCCUUAACUCCAGGACAAUGUCCAAGAGGUAUGAAAUCCACGUUGCUAACCCCAAGUCCACAGCUGGAAGUUAAGAAAUCUGUGGAGAUAACAUCAGGGCCACAGAUAGAAGAUGUCAAAUUUUGUGAACUGACAUCAGGAACUCAAACUCAAGGUGUGAAAUCUUCAGAGUUAAACUCAGGGCAACAACAACAAUAUGUGAAUUUUUUUGAGUUCACUCCAGAGCCAAAGAUGCAAGGAGUAAAAUCUAUGAAGUUGACCCCAAAUCUUGAGUCACAAUCUCAAGGUGUCAAAUCUGUAAAGUUGAAAUCUUCAAUACAGUUAAGAGAUGUGAAGUCAUCUGAAUUGCCUCUGGGGCCAAAAAUUCAAGGUGCAACAUAUAUGAAUUUCAACCUUGGGCCACAGUUGCAGAGUGUGGAAACUCCUGAGUUAUCCCCAGGACCACAGCUGCAAGAAGGAAAAUUUUUGGCAUCAACCUCAGAGCCACAGCUUCAAGGUAGGAAAACUGUGGAGUUACACCAAAAGCCACAGCUUGAAAGCAUGAGAGCUGUUCAGUGGAUGCCUGCACUAGUGUUUCAAGGUGUGAAAUCUCUGCUAAAUCUUGGGUUGCAAUCUCAAUGUGUCAAACCAGCAGAGUUGAAACCUUUGAUACAAUUAAGAGAUAAGAAGCCAUCGGUAUUGACUCCAAGGCCAAAGCUUCAAGGUAUACAAUCUCUGGCAUCACUCCAAGAACCUCAGCCUCAAGGUCUCAAUUUGAAACCUUGUCUACAGUUUAGAAGUAAGAAAUCAUGUGACCUGACUUCCAAGUCAGAGCUCUGUGAUGUAAAACCCAUGAUGUUCAAAUCUAGGCCUCACUUGCAUGAUGGAAAAUCUCCUAAGUUGAUCCCAGGACCAUGGUUUCAAGAAGUGAAACCAUUACCGUCAUCCCCAGGAACACAGCUUCAAGGUGUGAAGUCUGUAUUGCUUACACAAGAGCCACAGUUUCCUGAGGUGAAAUCUGGGGUAUUAAACCAAGAGUCACAAUUACAAAGUGAUGAAACUAUAGAGUUGAACUCCCUACUACACUUGAAAAGUAUGAAGUCAUCUGAGUUGACUCUUCAGACAGAGCUUCAAGGUGUGAAAUCUGAGGAUUUCAACAGUGGGCCACAGUGGCAAGGCCCAAAAUCUUCUAAGUCACCACUUGAGACAAAGUCCCAAGAUAAGAAAUUUACUGAGUUAAUCUCUGACUCACAGCUGCAAGGUACAACAUUUUCUAAAUUGACUGUGGGGAAAAAGAUUCAAGGUGUCAAAUCUACAGAUUUCAACCCUGGGUCAUUGUUACAAGGUGUGAAAUAUUCUGGAUGGACCUCAAAGAUAAAGCUUCAAGAUGUAAAACAUAAAGAAUUCAGCCCCAGUCCUCAGUUGCAAGUUCUGAAAUCUUCUGAGCUGAUUCUGGGAUCAAAGCUUCAGAAUGUGAAAUUCGUGUUCAACUGUGAGCCACAAUUGCAAAGAGUGAAAUCUUCUAAAUUAAUCUCAGACUCAAAGUUUCAAGAUGUUGAAUCUGUGAAGUCCAAAUCUGGGCCACCAUUGCAAGGUGUGAAAUCUUCUGAGUUGAUACUGGGGACAAAGCUUCAAAAAGUGAAAUCAGUGGAAUUCAAGUCGGGUCCACAGUUGGAAGAUAUGAAAUCUUCCAAAUUAAUCACAGGUAUAAAGCUUCAAGAUGUAAAAUCUAUGAAUUUCAGGUCUGGACCAAACUUGCAGGGUAUGAAAUUGUCUGGAGUUAUCCCAAGGGAAAAGCUUCAAGGUGUGAAGUCUGUAGAACUGAAACCUAGUCCAAAGUUACAAGGUGAGAAAUCUUCUGAUUUGACUCUGGGGAGGAAGUUUCCAGGUGUGAAAUCUAUAGAGUUGGACUUAGGCCCACACUUACAAGAUAUGAAAUGUUCUGAGCUGAUCAUGGGUAUAAAGCUUCCAGAUGUAAAAUCUAAGCAGUUAAGUUCUAGACCACACUUUCAAGGUAUGAAAUCUUCUGAAGUGAUCCCAGGGACAAAGCUUCAGAAAGCGAAAUCAGUGUUCAACUCUGGACCACAGACACAAAGCAAAAAAUUUUCUAAGUUGAUUCAAGGGACAAAGCUUCAAGAUGUAAAAUCCUUAGAGUUUAACUGUGGACUGAAGUUACAAGGUGGGAAAUCUGAUUUAACACAGAGGAGGAAGCUUCAAGGUGUGAAAUCAGUGGAGUUCAACCCUGGACCACAGAGACAGGGUGAGAAAUCUGAUUUGAUGCUACAGUGGAGGCUUCAAGAUUUGAAAUCUGUUGUUCCAUGGCUGCAGGGUGUGACAUCUUCAGAGUUAACACCAGAGACAAAGCUUCAAAGUGGAGAAUCUGUGGAGUUCAUCACCAGGCCAGUGUGGCAAGAUAUGAAACCUUUUGAAUUGACUCUUGGUACAAAGGUACAAGAUGUGAAAUCUUUGGGAUUUAACUCAGCUCCACAGUUACAAGACAGGAAAUUGUCUAUGUUGACACCAGAGGCACACCUUCAAGGUGUGAAAUCUAUGGAAUUCAACCCUGAGGCAAAAUUGCAAGGUGCAAAAUCUUCUGAACAAAAAAAAAAAAAAAAAAAAUCUUCUGAACAUAUAAAGCUUCAACUAAUGAACUCUACUGAGGUCAACCCUGGUCUAGAAUUCAAGGUUGCAAAACCCUCUGAGUUGGCCUUGGAAUCAAAGAUUCAUAGUGGAAUAUUGUCUGAGAUCAGUGGUAGAAAGCAGUGGCAAGAUGAGAAAUCUUAUAAGUUGAAUCCAUGGCCAGAACUUCAAAGUGUAAAAGUCAUGGUGUUCAAUCCUGGGACACAUUCGCAACAUAUAAAAUCUUCAGAAUUAUGUAAAGGGACAAAGCUUCAAGAUGUGAAAUCUUUGGAAUUCAAUCCUGACCAACAGUUGCAAGAUGUGAACUCUUCUGAUUUUUGUCUGGGAACAAGGCUUCACGGUAUUCAAUAUUUUGAGUUCAAUCCUCAACCACAGUUGCAAGAGGUAAAACCUGAGUUGAGCACAGAAAUGAAGCUUCCAGAUGAGCAGUUUCUGGAAUUCAAGCAUAAGCCUAAAUUACAAGGUGGGAAAUGCUCUGAACAGAAUCCAGGGCCACAGCUUCAGUGUGUAAAUUAUAUGCCAGUCAACACUGGGUCACAGGUGCAAGGUAUAAAGUCCUCUGGGUUGAAUCCUAGUCCACAGCUUCAAGGUAGAAAAUCUAAGGUGCUCUGCAUUGGGCCUAAUUUGCAAGGUGUGAAUUCUUCUGCAUUCAUUUCAGAACCAAAACUUCAAUGUGUAAUUUCUACUGGAUGCAACCCCGGGCCACAUUUGCAAGGCACAAACACUUCUGAAUUAACUUCCAUUUCAAAACUUCAAGGUAUGAAUUCUUCUAAGUUAAAUUCUGAGAUCCCAGGAAUGGAUGUCAUAUCUAAUGAAAGGAUUAAGAGGAAACAGGUGGAGGAGUCAGGGAGCUCACUCCGGAGCCUUUCCCACCAUCCACCACAAAACUGGAGAUCACUAUCUAGGAUCUUCCAGGCAGGAUCAGGGGCUCGAAGAGGCCUUACCUGGCCUGUCCUGGGCAGGCGACAGAAUGUCUGGGAAAGUCGCUCCUGGAGGCAGCGACUACCUCGAAAAUACCUCUCCAGUAUGCUAACGCUGGGCAAUGUCUUGGGGACCAGCAUGGAAAGGAAGCUUUAUUCUCAAACAUCUUUAACAGAAAGAGCCACUGCAGAUACCUGUCAAUCUAUUCAGAAUUUAUUUGGGGUUCCAGUUGAAUUGAUGGCAUUUUCCCAGAGUCUGCUUGAGAAGGGUCAAGGUACUAUUUCUCAGCCUUCAGUUGUCAAAAACUACAUUCAGAGACAUACUUCAUGCCAUGGUCAUGAGAAAAGAAUGGCCUUAAGGAUGUGGACACGUGUCUCCAUGUCCUCCAUAAUACAGCACUACUCUGGCACUAGAGUGAGAAUAAAGAAAACAAACUCAAAGCCCUGUGAUAUAUCCCAGGAAGUCACUCAGCACAUGCCUGUUUCAUGUACAGGGAGUCAGCUUUCUGCCCCAGCAAAGUCAGAGUCUUCCUUCAACGUAUUUUUUGCUAGGAGAGAUUCUGUUCCAGUGGAAGAGAGUAAGAACUCACAGAGUGAUUCACAGACAAGGAUUUUUGAGUCCCAACACUCCCUCAAGCCAAGUUAUCUUCCCCAGGCCAAGUCUGACUUCUCCGAACAGUUCCAGCUUCUACAAGAUCUGCAGCUAAAAAUAGCAGCAAAACUGUUAAGGAGUCAAAUACCCCCCAACGUACGUCCACCUUUAGCUUCAGGUCUGGUUCUAAAAUACCCUAUCUGCCUACAGUGUGGCCGAUGUUCAGGAUUUAAUUGCUGUCAUAAAUUACAGGCCACUUUUGGAACUUAUCUUCUUAUCUAUCCACAGCUUCACCUUGUAAGCACUCCUGAAGGCCGUGGAGAGAUCAGGUUGCGUCUUGGCUUUAGGUUGCAAACUAGGAAAAGACCCCAAGUCCCAGAGUUUCAUAGAAGAGGUAGACGCAUCACACCAAGGAGCCUUAGAUCAACAUCACUAAGGAAAGCUAAAGGCUAUACUCAAGCUUCCAAGAGUCCUACUUCUACAAUAGAUUUCCUGUCUGGGUCUUCCCAGUGUCCUGCUCCUAUACAAGUCCACAUCAGGCGAAGGCAAGGCGGCAGCCCUGGCCUAGUAGAAAAGACAGAAAUUAGAGAGGCUGGACACUAUGGAUUCACUGAAGUUCACUGUUUAUCAGAGAGUGACUCUGGAAGCAAUCAGGAUGAAAAGUGGGCUAAAGUGAGAACAAAAAGGACCCAUGAUUCAAAACAUCCAAUGAAAAGAAUCCCCAGGGACGUCAGAACACAAAACACAAAGUUCUACACAAAUAGUACAGCCAUAAUACAGAGGUUCUCUAAGGAAUUACCAAGCCAGUUAAGAAGGAAGAGGAGUGGAGUGUCUCAGACAACUACCGCCUCUUCAAAAAGACAACCUAAGAAAUCUUCCCCACCACAAUUCAUUCAACUCCUUUUUCGGGGCCUAAAGCAGGCAUUCCAAACAGCACACAUGGCUUUGGUUUGUGUUUAGUUUCUUAGGACAGGGCCGAAAGUAAGCUCAUCACACGAGAUGAAUUGUGCCAAAGCACAGCAGUAGAGGGCUGCCGCUCGCUCAGGCAAAAGAGCGCCGUCUGUCCUGCUGUGGUAACUUUCAUUAAAGUAUUAUCUAGAUUUACACCUUAAGACUUGUUUUCUUAACAUUUCAGAAGUGCCAAAGCAGCAACCUAUGUUUUUAUUAAUUAUACAAGCAAUAAUUGGCUUUCGUGAGCACCUGCCGUGCUUCGUCCUUGAGCGCAGGAACAGCACAAAGUUCCCACCAUUAUUUUGAUUAUACUGAAGUCGCACAAGGACAUUUCCUUGCGUUCCCACCACUCUGAUUAUACUGAGGACAUCUCAUGGAUCAGUGCCCAAAGCACUCAAUGCUUCUUUUG